AUAUAUUUCUCUACACACUUUGAUUAGUAGUAAUUUGACAUUGGGGUCUUAAUUAGUAUUACACGUCUCAUUAAAUAGGAUUGAAAGAAAUGACUUCAAGGGUACAAACACAUGAUCGUAGCGGUAGCACAAAAGCCACUCCACUCAAAGAGAUUUGUUCCCGGGCGCUAGCGCCGAAAUCAGAAUGGCCUGAUAAGGAUGAAUUUCUGGAUGUAAUUUAUUGGUCGAGACAAAUUUUUGGAAUAUUACUGGGUAUAGUAUGGGGCAUCAUACCACUUAAAGGAUUUUUAGGUUUAGUGCUUUUUGCUGGUAUUAGCUGUGGUGUAGUGUAUCUCUACGCCAUCAAUUUUCAAGCAAUAGACGAAGAAGCUUACGGUGGACCAUGGGAAUUGGUUAAAGAAGGAUUUAUGACAUCAUUUGCAGGAUUUUUGGUGACGUGGAUAAUUUUCUACACGGGACUGCACUAUGAUGCUAUAAUGGCCGCGAAGGCUUAAUAACUAGAAAAAAGUGCCAAAUUCCGUUUCGUAGCUGACAAUUAAAUUUAAUUACUAUUCUUCUACCCUGUUUGUGAGAUUAAUGUUAACUUGGCACCCCAUUCCUAUACUCAUUUUUGUUUGAUUUAUAAUUAUUCAACUACUACUACUAGCAAUAAAUAUCUGGAAGUUGUGAAGUGUUUAGUCUUUUAUGCUGGAGACUAUUUUGUACCCCCGACAAAUUUUAUUGUUGCAUUUAGUAAUUUUAUACAUUUAAUAAUUU